GCGAACUUCUUCCGGUGUGUUUCAUCAGCCACGAGUUUUGCUCUGAACUUGUCUUCGGACCCCUGACGGCACAGAGCUUCCCCCGGACAGCAGCCAGCGGAGCCUCGCAGAUGGGAGACCCGGUGAAGGAGUACACGGCGCGGCUCCAGCAGCAGGAGCGGGAAAUCCGCAGCCUGUCGGCGGAGAUCGAGAGUCUGAGGAGACCGGCGGGCGGGACGAGCGAGACGUCUCGUCUGGACCAGCUGAGGGACGAGAACGCCCGGCUGAAGUACCGGAUCAACGUCCUGAAGAGGAGUCUCCAGGAAGCCCCGCCCCCCUCCAGAGCCAUGACCAACAUCAACCAGCGGCUGCAGGACGUGUUUGGCGUGGCCAUCCGGGCCGCCUGCCCCGAGUUGGACCACCCCCCGCUGUCCGUCACGCCCAACCAGCAGGCCAAGUUCGGAGACUACCAGUGCAACAGCGCCAUGGCCCUGGCCCAGGUGCUGAGGCUGCGGGGUGUGAAGGUGAAUCCUCGGGAAAUCGCGGAGAAAAUCGUCCAGAACCUUCCGGACAACGAGCUGAUCCAGAAGACGGAGAUCGCCGGUCCAGGGUUCAUCAACGUCCACCUGAAGAGGACAUUUGUCUCCAAACUGCUGAGCAGCCUGUUGAUCAACGGCGUCCAACCUCCGCCGCUCACGUCCCGCAAGAAGGUGGUGGUGGACUUCUCGUCCCCUAACAUCGCUAAGGAGAUGCACGUGGGACACCUGCGGUCCACCAUCAUCGGGGACAGCAUGUGCCGCCUGUUCGAGUUCCUGGGACACGAUGUGCUGCGGCUGAACCACGUGGGGGACUGGGGGACGCAGUUCGGGAUGCUCCUGGCUCACCUGCAGGACAAGUUUCCAAACUACCUGAACGAGUCUCCGCCCAUCGGGGACCUGCAGGCCUUCUACAAGGAGUCGAAGAAGCGCUUCGAUGAGGACGAGGACUUCAAGAGACGGGCCUACCAGUGUGUGGUCCGGCUGCAGAGCCGAGACCCGGACUUCAUCCGGGGCUGGAACCUCAUCUGUGACGUCUCCAGGAGUGAGUUCCAGAAGGUGUACGACUGCCUGGACGUGUCCAUCGUGGAGCGAGGAGAGUCCUUCUAUCAGGACCUGAUGGUGGACGUGGUCCAGGAGCUGGAGGACAAAGGGCUGCUCCAGGAGGACGAGGGCCGCCGUCUCCUGUUCGUCCCCGGCCAGUCCGUCCCGCUCACCGUGGUCAAGUCGGACGGCGGCUUCACCUACGACACGUCGGACCUGGCGGCGCUGCGGCAGCGUCUGCGGGACGAGCGCGCCGACGUCAUCAUCUACGUGGUGGACAGCGGCCAGGGGACGCACUUCAGCGUGGUGUUCGCCGCCGCCCAGAUGAUCGGCUGGUACGACCCGCAGGUGACCCGGGUGGAGCACGCCGGCUUCGGGGUCGUCCUGGGAGAGGACAAGAAGAAGUUUAAGACGCGCUCCGGGGACACGGUGAGGCUGAGGGACCUGCUGGACGAGGGUCUGAGACGCUCCAUGGACAAGCUGAAGGAGAAGGAGCGAGACAAGGUGCUGACCCCGGCCCAGCUGGCCCAGGCUCAGCGCUCGGUGGCGUUCGGCUGCAUCAAGUACGCCGAUCUGUCCCACAACCGGAUCAACGACUACGUCUUCUCCUUCGACAAGAUGCUGGACGACCGCGGCAACACGGCCGCCUACCUGCUGUACGCCUUCACCCGCAUCCGGUCCAUCGCCCGGCUGGCCGACCUGGACGAGGCGGCGCUGAGGACGGCGGCGGAGACGUGCGAGGUGCAGCUGGAGCACGAGAAGGAGUGGAAGCUGGGGAAAUGCAUCCUGCGCUUCCCGGAGAUCCUGCACAAGAUCCUGGACGACCUGCUGCUGCACACGCUGUGCGACUUCCUGUACGAGCUCGCCACCACCUUCACCGAGUUCUACGACAGCUGCUACUGCGUGGAGAAGGACCGGCAGACAGGGGCGGUGGUGAAGGUCAACCUGUGGCGCCUGCUCCUGUGCGAGGCCACGGCGGCCGUCAUGGCCAAAGGGUUCGACAUCCUGGGCAUCAAACCCGUCAGCAGGAUGUGAUGUCAUGCCAAGCAGGAAGUGAUGUCACAGUGAUGCUGAGCUGGAAGGUCUCAUCUGAACUUUUUGUAAUAAAGUGAAGCUGAAGC